GUGGCAAGCAGGCCAAUGCCGGUCCACACCACCAAGAGGAGGCCAGUUGUGGAUGCUGCUCUCACUGACGGCUCAGCUCCCAAAAUAGCUGACAGGGGCUCCACCUGGGCUUCACUGUCUCCCCUCAGAAAAGCCAGUGUGAGCUCCACCUCAAGUCGUGGACGCAUGGAACCACAGACGGGGGCCGUGGCCCACAUCCCUCAGGCUGCAUUCUGCCGUGGCCCGCGGCCUCUCCUCUUGGUGAAGCCCACAGAUAGCCGCCCUGAGGGUGGCUGCCGUGAAGUUCCCCAGGCUGCCUCCAGCACCCACGGCCUGAACCGUGUCAUCGACCGCCAGGCACAAGCCAAACGUCCUGCUGUGACCUCACAGCCCUGCCCACCAGCCACCACACACGGCUUGGGCCUAGGCUCCAGUCUCAGCUUCAGGCCAGGAGCCAAGAGGCCUGCCCAGGCUCCGAUUAAGGCUUGCCCGAGUGUCCCCAAGAAAGCCAGACUCGGUCCUGUCCAGAUCCCCGAAGACAGCAUCCAGGGAGGGGAGCUGGGGACCCUGGAGACGCUACAACCUCCGCCAGCUCUAACUGAACUUGGACCAAGUAGGUCACCCCAGAUGAGCAGGAGGACACCCGCCCAGGUGCCCAGCAUCGACCUGCA